AUGGAAAGCUUUAAGAAAGAGCAACUGAAUCACAUGCCAACCUCGUCUGUCAGCUUCCUUGAAGAACUUCCCGACGUCGUCUUCUAUGCGGUGAUGGAGAAACUUCCUGGACGGAUCAUCGAAAAUACUGUUCGACAACUCUCAAGGGAUUUUUAUAGAAAGGUCGAGCUGCGCAGAGCAAGACUUCCUCGUGUUUAUAUCAAGGUGCUUGAUGUUGAUGGGAACACGUUUCGCUAUAGCAGGCCUAGCGAUCAAGCAAUGAACCACUAUGAUUAUGAAGAAACCAUCGACCCAGCUAACUUAAUUCAACGUUUGGAGUAUUUGAAAGAGCGUGCAACUUUCAAGACCCUCCGUUUGAACGAUGUUAAUUGGGACAUGUUUGCAAAUUGCAAGUUCGAAUGCGAAGAAUUCUUUUGCUGUGUGCGUGAAACGGCUCUUUCGCCGGAAAGAUUCAUGGAUAUUUUUCGCAGUAUAAGACCAACACGCAAGCUAGAUAUUUAUGCGACUGGGAGCGACAAAAUUUUUCCUGUUACGAGUGACUUUUUCACCAAUAAUUAUGCGAUUGGAUUACAAGAAGUUCGGUUGGAGGGUGACGGAGAUGCCAUGGUUUAUCCAUUAAAUGACACGAUCUUGGAUUCAGCUCCUUCGAUUUUUUGCGGUCAUUUUCAAACAAGUUGCACUCUUAAUGGGAUUCAAAUGCUCCGAGACUGGUACACUUCACAGCGUCAAAUUAAUCUAAUUAUACUUCGAGUAGCUGGUGGGAAAGCGCAACGUCAAAAUUUCUGGCACAACUUAGAUGGAUUGCUAGUUAAUAAAAGGCUCCUCUACAAGAAUUGCAAGGUUGCUCAGCCCGCUUUGGAAAGAGCAAAUGGAGACGUCAUUAGGCUGGGUUUUUGGAGUAAGGGAAUAGGCCAUAAUGGUAUCUCCAUCGUUCGACUAGUGCCCGGCCCGGAAGCUGGCUUAUAUAGGGACUAUGAUGACGUAGGA